AUGGCAGGCUCGACAAAUCUCGACGUUUUUAUUGGAGUAGAGGUUGUUGAGACACUCUCUGACACGUGGACGGCCAUCGAAAGAGAUUGGCUUGCAAAGAGAUGCAAGAGGCUCACCAUAGUGGGGACAUUUAGCUCUGGUAACCCUUGGAUCCGCAACCUUGCGCAUCUCGAGGAGGUGGUAUUUCUCUACGGAAUCAUCCCAUUCACAAACGUCUGCAAGGAGCUUCAGGAGAAUAGUGUCAAAUUGUUCUCAUUAGAGGUGGGGAUCAGCAAUGCCCAUCUACUCGCACAGUUUCCUAGCCUCGUCAGUCGACUAAGGGAUGUGCGAGUGGUUGGCGUGGAUCGAAGACGUGGGGUACAGGAAUGUACGCCGUUGCCCCUUGACUCGGUUGAGGAGCUCCUUUGGUCAGAUUUAUCCUCCCGGAACCCGCUACCAGUGACUACAAACCGGCUCCGGACCCUCACCCUUGUCCUGUACCACGACUUCACCGUCCCUCAUGCCGAAUGGAAUUCACUCACAGAACUCCGCAUUCUCUGUCCUGAAGGUUGGAGAGUGCGAUUAGGUCAAGGAUCGCUCUCUCUACUGGGUCUCAAAACUCUGGUCCUUCGGGGAGAGUGGGCAGAGCUACUAUGGAUCAACGCCCCCGCUCUCAAGACACUUGAACUAUUACGAAAAAGUGGAAGGAUAGAUGGUUGCAGAGAGGCGCUUCUUGGCUGCAUCCUGCGCCCACGAGUCGUGCAUAUUGAGAUGUGUGUGACAGCGACGAUACUGCUCCGGGUAUUACAAGAAGCAUGGUCGAACAUUGAGCAGCUUCGUUGCACAUAUCGCUUCUCACAGGACAUGUAUCUAUUUCCCAAGAAACUCCUCGAUUACUUAUCUCAAUCGCGGUCCACUCACGGAACCGAAGAGAUUUGUCCACGACUUGGAACAUUCACGGUUAUUCUCGACUACACAUCAACAACGAACGCGUUGAACGAUGUUGUACAGAUCAAGGCAGCAAUGGAAAAGAUGUGCGAGAGCCGAGAAGCCUUUUCCCAGUUGACUGUGGCCCUUCUUUGUGUCGAAAUGAGUGGACCAUAUGGGGUUUCGACGGAGUGGAUGUCCUUUUCCUGA